AUGCCUCUUCUGUUCCUCCAAUUGUGUAACUUACUCUCGGAUCUCGAGAAAGUGUCGCACCGUGACCCACCUCUUCUGCCAGCACAUCGUCAGCAGAGGUAUCGGGAAAAUAUCGAGCAAUGGUUCACCACUCAUCGAGUUUCCAUCAAUUCGCCUGACAUUGACCUUGUCGUCUUACUUUCUGCUCUCUUCCCUGAGAAGCGUACGGACCGCGUCUAUAAUAUUAAGCUCAAAAGUCUCACAAACCUACUGAAGAGAUGCCUUGGCCUUGGGAAAGACAGGUUGGAGAUGCUAGAUCAAUGGCGGAAACCGGGCCGAGGCAGUCUCUGUGAUUGCGUUGAACGUGCCCUUCGACAAGCAGAAUUUCCCGAACAGCCGGCAAACCAGAUUACUCUCGAGCAGGUAGACGAGGCACUUGCGACAAUUGCGGGAAAGUGCCGAUUUUCUGGGCCGAAGGUCAAAGGACCCAAGGACAGCUUCCUCGAGGUCGAAGACGGUCGACAGGUGCUGAAGAUAUUGGGGCAAACGUACAAACGAAUGCAGUCUAGAGAAGCCAAGUGGUUUACCCGGAUGAUCCUGAAAGAUUACUCCUGCCUCGAUCUAUCCGAGAGCAUGGUCUACCAUCACCUUGACGUUCGUCUACCCACAGCCAUGCAAAUGUACGACAACUUCGAGGCCGCCAUCAGCGAGCUAAGAGGCUUACCCGCAUCUCAGAUGGCAGGUUCCAAUCAAGGUGCCUUGAUCCAGCGUCGUGCGAAUGACGCCCGUUUACUUCAGCCCAGGAUCGGCGUCAAACUUGGUCCGCCCAAAUGGGUGAAAGCGAAGGGUGGAGUCAAGCAUGCUGUGUCAGUCGUUGACGGAAGGACCAUGAGCAUCGAGAAAAAGCACGAUGGAGAGUAUUGUCAGAUUCAUAUUGAUAUGUCCAAGGGUGAGGAAUGCAUUCAGAUAUUCUCGAAGAGUUGCAAAGAUUCUACUUCGGACCGAAGAGGUGUUCACCGGGCUAUCAAAGACAGUCUGCGCAUCGGACGCCAUGAUUGUGGCUUUUCUAGAAAAUGCAUUUUGGAAGGGGAACUUUUGGUUUGGAGCGAUAAGACGAAGGGGAUUUUGGAAUACCACAAGUUACGGAAGCAUGUUUCUAGGUCUGGCAGCUUUUUGGGUACCGAACUGGAUUCUCAACCUCAUCCUUGGGAACACUUGAUGAUUAUGUAUUACGACGUUAUGCUUGUUGAUGAUGAUCCAGUCGUCCACAGACCACACAAGAAGAGGCGGCAGCUCUUGGAGGGGCUAGUAAGCCUUAUUGAAGGCCGCGCAGACAUAGUGUGGCAAAAGCACGUUCGCUUUGAUAGACCGACAGGACCUGAGAAACUCAAAAAGGCUCUGGCCAUGGCAUUUGUCCUACGAUGGGAAGGUCUGAUUUUGAAACCUUCCGAUGAACCCUACUUCAACCUCGGAACCCGUGGCCAAGGAAGGUUCUCAAAUCGUUGGGUCAAGCUGAAGAAAGACUGCAUCCAGGGUUUGGGCGAUACUGCUGAUUUCGCCGUUGUCGGUGCUGGCUAUGACGUCAAUGAGGCCGAAAAAUAUGAGGGUAUGAAUAUACGCUGGACGCACUUCUACAUUGGCUGUUUGAGGAACAAAGCGGCUGUCUUGCAUGCUGGCGAGAAACCUCAAUUUUUCGUCUUUGACCAAAUCAAGGACUGCAUCAAAAGAGAAGACAUGAAGACGCUGACCGAGAACGGAUAUCUCCGAGCAAUGGAUACAGAGUUCCCAGAGACUUGGGAGGUUUUCGAUAUCGAGCUCGCGCGAGGAUUGCCAUUGAUGAGUGUCGUCUUCCGACAACCCUUCGUCUUCGAUGUUGCAGGCAGCGGCUUUGACAAAUCGCCAAAUCGUGAUGUCUUCACCCUCCGGUUCCCACGCGUCAUGAAGAUCCGGCUAGAUAGAGAUUGGAGAGAGACUGUAGAUCUUGAUGAGCUACAGCACAUGGCAACCGAAGCCAGAACGGUACCUACCGGAGACUUAUCCGAUAACAUUGCGGGCUGGAUUGAGAAGCUGAACAACGUCGAUCGCGGCGCCAGAGGAAGGAUGACGUCUUGGGACUUCACUGACGACGAGGAAGACGGGCACUAUUUAUUGAUACCAGGCGCAGAAUCUUCUACGCCAAAGGCAACUCGGCGUCCACGAGCGGCAGCAGUUCCACCGCUAAUACGAAUGGACACCGGAGAAAUGCGAGAUCAAGAGCGGAGGCUUAGCGAUGGUGCUGUCGUUGAACAGCCUAAAUCAAAGCACUCAAUGGGCAGCAUCACAAAUGACGGCACUCUGCAGACACCACCAAACUCUUCACCACGUUCGAGAAGUGGUGGCGUCACAUCCAGUAACAGAAAGACAACUGGAUUUAGCGAAAAUCUUCGUGGACCCUCAAGGAAGCGCAGUGCCGAACGUGACGACAAGGAAGAUUCUAUCAGGAAAGCGAAGAAGACACGGCCGUUUCCUAUACAACACUCAAAGAGCGAACCCAAGCCCACGAACAACACCCGGUUGCCGACGCUCAAGAAGCCUCUACGUGAGAUUACGAAUCUGUCCCGACCUCCUCUUUCAGCCCGGUCUACGGACACUCUUGAACCAAAGCCACGGUCGACAACCCACUUCUCCCUUGUGCGUAAGACUGCCGUCGACACAGACCGGCAUUUCCAUCGAAGGAGGAACACCUCCAAAGUAUAUGUCGAACCUUCGUCACCUGCCAGAGAAACCACUGCUUCUGAGUCGACUUCUGCUGAAACCACACAGCAAACUAUAUCCGAGGAAUCUCGGCCUGCGCCUCUUUUACCACCUGACCGUGCCACGAUAGAGAUCGGGAGCCUUCAAACCCCUCCGAGCACUGCAGAACCGGCCUCAAGCAUGCAGAUACCGCAUAUACCAGAGUGCGAUGUCAUGUUAGGCCCAUGUCUGGUCGACCAGAAUCACAAAGUUCACGAGCUUUUGUUCAAUCAUUACAAAUCGGCAUUACCAUUUCCCAGAAGCCGUCCAGCAGAAUGUUCCACCCCGAGCUUUAAAUCGAAGCCUCGGUGUGAGCUCGUUGUACUGGUCGAGUCCAACGACACUCAUGCCGUCGGUCGGCAUGUUGGAGCGCUCUUACAUCAUUUAUUACUUUGGCAUCCGCGAGUGGUGACUCUAUGGGACUGGCGGUUCCUGGAAUUUAAAUCGCCUCAACCGAUGGAGAAAUGCCAUAGGACAGCGUUGAUCCAUAAGUACUUCGUUGCAAAAAUGUGGUGGGAUCCUCUGGCUAAGGACCAGGGAGCGGUGGUGCUGAAAUGGUGUGGUGGCAAGUCCAGGCUGGUGCUAAAGGCAGAACUUGAUGAAAUGGAGUGGAUAGAGGGUAUUUGA